AUGCAGUUCGCUCAGAUGCAGAAGAGGGCGCACCAGUACCACCAGCUCAUCAUCACCAUUUACAACAACUACUACCACAACUACAACGACCUCUUCGUCCUCAAGUUCUUCGUCCUCGUUGUCUACUUCUUCGCCAUUCACUACGACUACAACGACUACUACAACUACGUCCUCUUCUUCAUCACCUCCUUCUUCUCCUUCGCCAUUCACAACAACUACUACAACAACAUCCUCUUCUUCUUCGCCACAACCAUUGACGACAACAACGACUACUACAACCUCUUCUUCUUCUUCUUCUUCUUCUUCAUCAUCUUCUUCUUCACCACAACUCACGACCACAACGACAACGACAACUACAAUUUCAAGCUCCAGUCUCUCGUCCUCCACGAUUUCGACCUGUCCAGCGCCGUCUACGAUAACUAUGACCAUGACUCCAUCGCCCGUUCUUCGUUUCAAGGGGAUGGAGGUACCAUGGAGGGAGUCGGUAUUGUGAGAUACGUUUGUCCGAGGUGGGGAGACAAAUUGACGGUAUGA